UUGGAACUCUCUCUCUUUCUCUCUCUAUACCCAAACACUUUCUCUCUCACACACUCACGCAGUGACUCGCUCAGUCUGUCCUCUCUGUACAGAGCGGUCAUUUCCAUUUAAAUACACACGGAUUUGACGAGAUUAAAGAUACCGUUUUCCGUUUGCACAUCCAAUCUGAAUCAACAGUGAUUGAUUAUCGAGGUUUGGAUUUGAGCCCAGGAAAAUGAGCGCGGAUCUGGUUGCCACCAGCACACAUGGGAACCUGGACGAGCAGAUUUCUCAGCUUAUGCAGUGUAAACCUUUGUCCGAGCCUGAGGUUAGGACUCUGUGUGAGAAGGCAAAGGAGAUACUAACGGAGGAAAGUAACGUUCAGCCUGUAAAAAGCCCAGUCACCAUUUGUGGUGACAUACACGGUCAAUUUCAUGAUUUGGCAGAGCUUUUCCGGAUUGGAGGAAAGUGUCCAGAUACAAACUAUCUCUUCAUGGGGGAUUACGUGGAUCGUGGGUAUUAUUCAGUUGAAACUGUUACUCUUUUAGUGGCUUUGAAGGUCCGUUAUCCACAAAGAAUCACCAUUCUCCGAGGGAAUCAUGAGAGUCGGCAGAUUACACAAGUCUAUGGAUUUUAUGACGAGUGCUUGCGGAAAUAUGGAAAUGCUAAUGUCUGGAAGACUUUCACUGAUCUUUUUGAUUAUUUCCCGUUGACUGCACUGGUUGAAUCUGAAAUAUUCUGUUUGCAUGGUGGAUUGUCCCCAUCUAUUGAAACCCUGGAUCACAUCAGAAAUUUUGAUCGUGUUCAAGAAGUUCCCCAUGAAGGUCCUAUGUGUGAUCUGUUGUGGUCUGACCCAGAUGAUCGUUGUGGUUGGGGAAUAUCUCCACGAGGUGCUGGAUACACAUUUGGCCAGGACAUCUCCGAACAAUUCAAUCAUAAUAACAACUUAAAGCUCAUUGCAAGAGCUCACCAGCUGGUGAUGGAAGGCUAUAAUUGGAGCCACGAACAAAAGGUGGUUACUAUUUUUAGUGCGCCAAAUUAUUGUUAUCGUUGUGGAAAUAUGGCAUCUAUAUUAGAAGUUGAUGAUUGCAGAGAGCACACAUUCAUCCAGGUCUUUUUUUCACCUCUUAAAUUUGUGCAUUUGUGCUUCUGUAUAUAGAGUUAUUCAUGCUUUAUUAGAUACAGGAUCGUGCAAAUUAGGAAUUUCAGUAUAUAUAUGUAUAUAUAUUUAUAUCCUCCUGUAUCAAAUUGUAAAUUUUGUGGUCAACCAUGGAAUAUGUGCAGUUUGAACCAGCUCCUAGAAGGGGAGAACCUGAUGUGACCCGGAGAACACCUGAUUAUUUCCUGUAAAUUUUUGGUAGUAUUUUCUGACGUGGCUGUAAGGCUAUGAGCUGCAUGAUAGGAGGACUUGUCACCCGAAUCUUAAUUUUGCCCAUCACCAGCCAGCCGCCUGACAUUUGUGAGGAAGCCAAGAGGUUCACAGAAAUAUAAGCAAGGCUGGAGUUGUUUGUUAAGUUAUAUUCUAACCUAGGAAUCUAGGCGAUGGAAGUUCAGCGAAUUUGUAUUGUAUUUUCUUCUUUCUGCCCUUUGUUCCCCCUCUUAAUUUUCGUAAUUAUUGUUUCCCUCGUUGGUUGUCAGACGCUUUGUUCUAUAAAUGAACUGAUCUUAUUUUCAUAGAUGCAUUUUGUGGACCGGCGUCAUAGUUUCACUCUAUAUGAGGGAGUUCGUUUAUUUUUUAUUUUUGCUGGACUUGAUUUGCGAUUUUCUUCACCCUAUAGUUGUUUAGUGAACUAUGUUUUGGGAAUUCAAUUUGGGAACAACAGCUGACAUGUUUCGUGAUUGCUUAUGUCGAAAAAGGAAGAUAAACUUUUUGGAUGUUCUUCAUGCUGGGUUUCAUAGGGUGAAAAUUCGAUUCCUUUGGGAUGAUUUUGUAACUUUGUUUAAUUUGAAUCUUUUUUCUAACAGUUGAAUACUUGAAUUGCGUGAACAACCC